CAACAUUGCACGACUUUCUCCAGCCCGUUGUCCACAAUCACCUUUCCCGGAAACAUAAUUAUCCAAGUUCCUCGUAAGGCUCCAGCGGUACAUAAUGGCUCCAAAUGUGCCCACCGGAGGAUCAGGUCUACGAGCAUCAUGCGAGGCUUGUCGAGUGAAAAAGAUCAGAUGUACUGGAGAACGUCCGAUCUGCUUUAAAUGCAUGUCCGCUGAUCGGGAAUGCUACUACUCCCCUCACAAGCCAAUGGGUAGGCCGACAUCGCGUCGUGCUCGUCCCCAAUCGUCCCAACCAAUCCGUCGGGAACGGAUACUACCCCGGCGGAAUGCCUCGACCAGAUUGCUCUCUCCCGUUCAUACAGACGCUGCUUCGGACGCUGGAAACAGUAAUACACGAGAGCUUGGCGUACUUCUCGGGUCAACCAGCCCGCGAAUCAGCUCUGUCAAUUCGGAGACUUUUGCGAUCCACCCAGAUCUCAUAGACUUGGAGGAUCAUCAAGGUCCCAGCCAAGAUCUCGUGUCCGAAGGUCUCGCUGCUUUCCCUCCCCUUACCUCAGACAGCCAGCAAACAACAGACAAUUGCGCCUGCCUUUCAGUGCUGUAUCUUCUGCUCGAGCACCUUCGAGUGAAAGAACACCUCGUCGCACCAGAUGAUUUUGCGCUACUACGUAACACGUUUGAGCCCGCCCUACAAGUUCUAAAUUGCCAGAGGUGCCCGCGCCGAUACUUCUCAAUAAUUCAGAACGCCGCCUUGCUCGGGGUCCUCUGUCUAUGUCUAGCAGAGUCGUACAAAAGAAUGUUAGCGGCGAUUGUAGCAGAAGAGACUAGAGCCACGGAAUCCGGAGAGAAGAAGCGCCUCGGGGUCCACGGUGCAUUACCAGGUUCGUCAAGCUACGGCGAUCCAUCGCUCAGAAACACGCCGAGUCUGUUUUCGGUAGAGGUGUCGCCGUUGGAGUGGGGGAAGAUCAUGCGCAAUAUCGUGAAGACAGAGAUUUUUGGAGCCGAUGGCCAGGACGAUAAUAAGUACCUGACGGGGUUCUUUGACCUCAUGGAGCAGCGCCAAAGGCGAUGGCAUCAUACGCCCCCAGCACCAGAUUGCCCACCUUGUUAUCAAUCAUUCUGUGGGACAUCUGAUCGAGAGCCUACCUGCCUGGCCCUUCUGACCAACGCCAGACGAUUGUUAGGCCAUUUGAAACUGUAGGUAUUGAGUGACUGAGGGCACCCUCAGCUUCCGUGUCGGUGGCAGCCCGCACUCAUCAAAGGGGUCAACACGUAAUAUCCAAGAAAGUAAAAGCUACCAGUACACCAUGGAUACUAUAGACAAAGAAAGAAAAGGGCUCAGAUCUACUGACCGCUGUCAAUGACCUCGGGGAUGUUUCUCUGGGUCCAGGCGGACCAGUCCUUGCAGACGUCGCCGACCUUGGAGGGAAUGCGCAACUGCUUAACCUUCUCGGGCUGAACCAGCAAC